AUGACUGCUCUCCGGAACCCGAAGGGAACAACCAUUUCAUCGAGAAGGGCAAUGGAGAAAAUCAUUUACGACUUCUACUCUGAUCUUUUCGACAGCCACGUCCACUUGCCUCCUCACCGUCUGAGGGAAGACGGACAUGUCAUUCCAGAGGUUCUCCCGCCCGAAAUACGACAUGCUAUCAUGUCGGUAAGAAAUCGUACGGCACCCAGAAUAAGACCAGAACACCUGAAAAACCUUCCAGUACUCAUCCAUACUCUGGCGAGGCUCUUUACACGUUAUCUGUCGGAAUGCAAGGUUCCUAAACAGUGGAUGACCAGCAAAACCGUGUUGUUGUAUAAAAAGGGAGAUCUACAUGACAUCGAAAGAACAUUAGAUGAAGGACAGCCAUGCGAGCAAGCAGGGUUUCGGGAAAAGUUUACCACGACUGACCAUGUCAUGAUCAUGUCAGUGAAGAAUAGUUCUUCAUUCGGUCUCGACAGAAUAAAGCUUGAACAUCUGAAGUUCCUACCGCCAGUACUCAUCAACACACUGACGAGGUUCUUCACUUGCUAUCUGUCAGAAUGCAAGGUUCCGAAGCGAUGGAAAACCAGUAAGGUCAUGCUGUUGUAUGAGACGGGAGACCCACAAGACAUCAGCAACUAUCGCUCAAUCUGCUUACUGUCUGUCAUCUACAAACUCUUCACAAGAGUAGUCCUAAACAGGAUAGAAAGAACAUUAGAUGAGGGACAGCCAUGCGAGCAAUCAGGUUUCAAAGACUUGAAGAAAGCCGUCUACUCAGUUGGGACGGAAGCGGUCACAGAAGCUUUGGACAACCAAGGCCCUACUCCAUGUAUAAAGAUACUUCAUCCUGAAAUUAACUAUGAUAAACGACGUGACCUCCGAGCUGGGCAGGAAGAGACGAACGGCUUGAGGAGCAUACAAUACACAUGUGGUGAAGAAGACCAAAAACUCUGUGCUUGA